AUGCUGCUUAGGAGAAGGCCAGCAAGGGCUGCCUACUUUAGUUCUGUCAGGCCUCUGGGGGACCCCAGGAAACUUCAAGCAAGGGCCCCUUCACAGCAGGCGACUGCUCUUGCCUGUGGGCUACGUGCCUAUGGUUGCAGGGCCUCUCUAAAUCGGCGCGUUCUUGGAGGGUACUUCUGGAAUGGCCCGGAUGGGCCUUCCUGGGGGUUCUCAGCUGGCCCCCAGCCCUUCGUGGGUCAGCUUAAGAGGCAUCAGAUGCUACUGCUGAUGCUGCAGCGAAAGCAAAAUGCGGGACCCACAGGAUGCUACCUGGCACUUCAGACCUACAGAACCUUCCACGAUGCUCCACAAGAGAAGCCGCAACAGAAGCAACUGCAGCAGCAGCAACAGCAGCAGCGACGACAGCAGCAGCAGGAGCAGAAACAGCAACAACAGCACCAGCCAAACCAACAGCAGCGCCAGCAACAGCAGCUAAAGCAGCAGUUGCAGCAAGAAGGGCUGCGGCAACAAGCCCAGCCGCAGCAGCAAGGGCAGGAGGAGGGGCAAAAGCUGCCUGAUGAUGGCUGCGGAAUGUGUCCUUCCGUUCGCUUGAGUCGAAUCGUGUUGCUAAAUAAAGUGACGAGAUUUGAAGUGUCCCUGGCAGAAAAGAUGAAAAUGUGGAGGCAGCAGCACCUCUCCGGCUGCAGCAGCGCCAGCAGCAGCAGCUCUGAGGGGCCCGCUGUAAAAGUGGGAGGUGUGGAAGCUACAGCAGGAGGAGCAGCAAGUGCAGCGGCAGUAGCAAAAGCAGCUCCAGCAGCAGAUCUGUACACUCCUGGUAGUCGUGCCUACGAGGCAGCAGCAGCAGCAGCAGAAGCAGCAGCUGCUGCAGCGUUGGCCCGCGACUACCCCACAGCCUACCGCACUCAUCUGCUGCACCAGCAGGCAGCAGCUGAACUGUACAGACAACUCAGAGAGGACUACGGCCUCCACGUGACCCUCAUAAAAGCCAGAACUAUUCAAGGACAAAAACUGAGCAGGAGAGGAGAUGUGGCACUGCCACCAGAUGCAAUUAUUUCCGCAGGCGGUGAUGGGACUUACCUGGAAGCGGCCUCAAUCAUUCCUGGCCAUUUGGAGGGGUCUCCCAAGGGCCCCUGGAUAUUUGGUGUGAAUACAGACCCCACGAGGUCCGAGGGUAGACUGUGUGUUAAACCUAGCAAGCAAAGCAAGCAGCAGCAGCAGCAGCAAGAACUGCAGCAGCCGCUGCAGAAGAAGGGGCACGAGGAGAGGCAAAGGCAGGGCGAGAAGUCGCAGCAGGAACAUGAGUGUCACGAGCAGCAAAAACUCAAACUGCAGGAGCAGGAGUAUUUGGAAGGACAGCAGCAGCAGCAGCAGCAGCAGCAGCAGCACCUCGCGCCGGCUCUUGGGCAUCCUCUCAAAUUUCGAACCCCGCGUGUGCCGAGCCGUGGAAUGCCUUCCCCUGCUGCUGGCAGCAGCGCAGCUCGCUGCGGGAGUCCACUGCUUGCUGCAGCUUUGGCUCCUCCUUCUGGGGCUUCUGCAGCUGCUGUUGCUGAGGGCCUAGAGUCGGAAGAGCUGGAUGUCAAGGGGUACGUAGCAGCAACGCUGCAGCAUCUGCUGCAAGGGGGGGCUUUGCUGGUAUCAAGGCAGCGCAUUAGAGUCACGCUGAGGUUUCCGCAGCACAUGCAGAACGAAGUAAUGGAGCGUUUAAGUGCCAUCAGACCAGAAGUUACAAGCGGCAUAAAUACCAGAAGCAGCAGCAGCAGCAGCACGGGGGGAAACUUUGGGUGGCCCCCCAAAGAUGAUGGGGGCCUCUCUUACAGAGGCAGCUCAUUGGAAACACCAUGGCUUGAAGGGACGGCAGCUGAGGGCGCGGGAGCAGCCGGUGGAUCCCCCACAACAGCAGCAAAUGGCAGCGCCGCAGCAGGCCCCCUCCUGCCUUCACGGCGCCGUGUGGGGGGCCCUUCUGUGGGUGUUGCUGCUGAGGGCUUGACAUUUGAUACUGCUGCAGUUGAUAUUGGUGGUGCUACUUUUUCCGCCGGCGCUGCGGCAGCAGGGGGAGCAGCAGGAGGCGCUGGCUCUGGCGAAAAUGUGGUGGAGCUGAGGCUUCCCUUUUUGUCUGUCAAUGAUGUCUUUGUGUCAGAUGUAAAUGUAGCGAAAACUUUAUAUGCUGAUCUGUGGAUAGACGGGGAGACAAAAAGGCACAAGAGCUCAGGGGUGCUCGUUUCUACAGGUACCGGUUCCACUGCGUGGAACUACAAUAUGGGCGCCGUAGGGAAACAACAGGCGAAAGCGAUUGUGGAUCAGGUGCUUUCUCUCAGGCCCAAAAUAAAAGGAGACAUGGAGGGCCCCCUAAGUGAUGCAGAGUUGCAGAAAAUAGUUCAAAAAGCUAACGAGCAGCUGCUGCUGGAUCCGGCGGCCCCUUUGAUGCGUUUUCUUGUCCGAGAGCCUAUUGAUAACAGGUACAUAGAGUGUGCGUAG